UCCAUUCUCAACUUCUAUCACUUCUCUCCUCCUUUCACAACUUCCAUCACUUGACUGAGCUGUCCAUCCAGACUCUAAAAGAAAUUGAAGAAGCAGUAUCCAUGACCAACACGAUGACAUCAACGGUCCUCAUCAGCUUCCUGGCCUGUCUGCUCCUGGCCAAUGUUGAAGGCCAGGUGGGUCAUUCUAAAGCUCGGUGCCAGUGUCUGAAUGGACUGGUGAACCGUGUUAAACCUCUUCACAUUGAGAAGCUCGAGGUGUACACCUCCAGCCACUCCUGCAGGAACAUGGAGAUCAUUGUCACUCUGAAGAACGGAGAAGGGAAGAAGUGUCUGAAUCCAGAAGCUCCAUUUGCAAAGAAAACCAUCGAGAAAAUAAUGAACAACCAAAGGAGUGUGCAGUAAAUCUGUGAACUAAUGACACCAAUCCCAUUGAGAACUUGAUGGAACAGAGAGCACCAUGAGAGAGAGAGUUAAUCCUAAUUAAUUACCACAGUUGAGUGAAUGCACUGAAGACUGCCUGAAUACGUUUACACUGUUUAAUGGUACAUAGAAAGUUGUUUUUUAAAUUGACAAAAUUGGUAUGUCUUACACCAUAUGACUUACUAGUUGAGAAACAUUCAUAGAAUCUUCCAAUGGAAACUUAAAUAGGCAGACAUUUAAGUUUUUUUUAGGUCAGUUUAAUAUUUUCUCGAAUGUUCAAUUGUUCAUUUAUGCAAUUGAAAAUAUAAAAAGCCUGUAAAUAUGUAGGUAUAUUUUUUCAUUUUGGAAGGUCAAGACAUGAAAUGUUUUACAUUAUGUUUAGCUAUCAAAAUCAUCAACAUCUGUGUAAAUACUGUAUAUUCUAUAUGUGUUGUUUACGUUUUCUAUCAAAAUGAUCAACAUCUGUGUAAAUACUGUAUAUUCUAUAUGUGUUGUUUACGUUUUCUAUCAAAAUGAUCAACAUCUGUGUAAAUACUGUAUAUUCUAUAUGUGUUGUUUACGUUUUCUAUCAAAAUGAUCAACAUCUGUGUAAAUACUGUAUAUUCUAUAUGUGUUGUUUACGUUUUCUAUCAAAAUGAUCAACAUCUGUGUAAAUACUGUAUAUUCUAUAUGUGUUGUUUACGUUUUCUAUCAAAAUGAUCAACAUCUGUGUAAAUACUGUAUAUUCUAUAUGUGUUGUUUACGUUUUCUAUCAAAAUGAUCAACAUCUGUGUAAAUACUGUAUAUUCUAUAUGUGUUGUUUACGUUUUCUAUCAAAAUGAUCAACAUCUGUGUAAAUACUGUAUAUUCUAUAUGUGUUGUUUACGUUUUCUAUCAAAAUGAUCAACAUCUGUGUAAAUACUGUAUAUUCUAUAUGUGUUGUUUACUUUUUCUACCAAAAUAAUAAAGACGCAUUUGACUCUA